GGAAGGAAGGAAGGAGAGAGAGAAAAAAAUUAAACAAAAGUAAACUGGAUUUAGUGCGUUCAUUCCUCCCUCCCUCGAAACACACAGGCAACAUCUUCUGCAAUUACGGUCUAGGAACAUUAUGAUGCAUUUUCAAGAGGUGAAUCUUGCAGCAGUGUUUUCAUCCAUGUUCACAGUUGAGUGCACCUGGCUGUAGAAAGCAUUGCCAUGGAAACCAGCAGCGGAAGACAACAGACAGCUGAAACAAAGCCUUUGUAUGGUAGCUGUGAAGAAUCAGCCAGAGGGUGCCAGGCCCAGGGGACGGAGGCAGACGGGACAUCUGAGUGCACUGAUGCUACUCCUUCUGAACUGCCCCCCCCUGGGAAGCUGAAGAAAACAGCUUUUAAACUGUUUGGAGGGAGAAAGAGCAUUUGCACUUUACCCAGCUUCUUUGGAGGAAGAAGCAAAGGUCAUGGGAAGGGGUCCUCUAAAAAGGGGAUCAGCAAGAGCAAGACUCAUGAUUGUAUCAGUGAGGUGAGCUGGGAGGACGGCAGAAGAACCGCUGACAUGCCAGCGGGAGACUUUGAAUACCACGGCCAGAAAUACUCAUCUGUAAAGAGGCUGUCGGGUUCUCAAAGUGUGUACUCAAUAACUGACACGUAUAAGAAAGCAGACAUACCUCUGUUGGCGAACUCUGAAUGUUACGAUCAGAAACUAAGUGCUGACAAGUCCUCACCCUUUCCCAGGCCAAAGAAGGGACUAAAAGGUUUGUUCAGCAGCAUCAGACGCCACAAAAAGAAUAAAGCCGCAGAUUCUGAAAAAGCUGAGACGCCUGGACUUUCUGUAGAGAUCCCUGCAGAUGCAGUGCCUAGAAGUCAGUCAAGUGACAGCAAAUUGGAGUCUGAACUCCAGGAUAGCUUGUCUGACAGCAAUGUGGCAGACACACUGAAUGAGAAAGACAAUUCGACAGAUACACCUGAAUGUAGCGAGGAUGCAAAUCUUUCAGAAGAAAGUUUAGUAGAAACUGAUGCAAAUAGUAAUAAAGCAUUACAAAAAGAUAAGCGUCUGAAAGACUUGGAAGAGCUUGUGCAAGGGGAGUCCGCAGAUGCAAAAAUAGAUGGAGCCAUUUUGUGCACGCUAUCUGAGUUCAGCUGUGCCCCCGAUGUAAACCCAGACUACCUAGAUAACGAUCCACCUUCAGUUCAUUCUUCCGAGCAGAUCAGUUCAGUAUUUGGGGAUGUGUCCUCUCUGAAGAGCUUUGAUUCCCUCACUGGGUGCGGAGACAUAAUUGCGGACCGAGAUGACGACAGCAUUGCUGAAAGCACAGUGUUGGCUGAAAGAAGUCGCAAUGCGGGCAAAAGAAGCUCCUGCUAUGUCACUUACCAAGGAGGCGGGGAAGAAAUGGCAACCCCCGACGAGGUUGACGAGGAUUAUCUGCAAAGUUUGUGGGAAAAUGAAGCUGCAGCUGACGUGUGCUUUACCCCUGGUCAACAGCAGAUGCUCCUGGGCGAUGACAUGGACCUGCAGAUAUCUCCGGAUGGACCAGCCCUUCCUGGUCCUCGUGUGGAUGCUGCUAAUAAUCCCAGUGUUGUCCGAGCUGUUGCAGAUAGCGGUCAUACCAGCGGAGACCUCCUGACCCCACAAAGUGACCAGCCCGAAUCUGCACCCAACAGUGACGAGGGUUAUUAUGAUUCCACCACUCCGGGUCCAGAUGAAGACGGGGGUGAUAGCCUCAGCCGAAUUAAAAAGGAAAGGCUUCCACGGGACAGCUACAGUGGGGAUGCGCUCUGUGAGCUUUAUGAGCCUGACGAUAGCCUCAUGAGCCCCCCUCUUGCAGAUGAACCCUCCUUUGAGACUCUGCCACCCACCCCAGAUGCUUUGGAAUUUUUAGGAAUGGGUGUGGAUAAGAGUUUGUGUCCCGGUUUUUCCAACAAAGCUGGACUUAUGGAAGAGGUUAGACAAGUUCAGAUAGAGCAGAAGCUUAUGGGGUGGGAAGUUAAAGGCACAAAAAAGCCCUCAACAAAAGAGCAAGUCAUCUUGAGCAAGGAUAGAUUUUACGCAGAAAAAAGCAGAGUUGAUUGUAAUUCUAAAAUGAACAGUAACACACAUCAAGCUUGCCUUAAAGAGGAGCAGGUAGUUUCACAGACUAGGAUAGAAAAAGACUCAAAAGGAAAGCACAGAAAUAACCAGACACACCACAAUAACCAAAUAACAAAUGCAAAGCUACUUCCUGAUUUGGAUGGCAUGGAUGUUGUAUGCAGCACAAAGAGCUCCCACCGAUCAAAAGAAUCAGAAGAACUUGACGAAUUACUGCAGGGAAAUGGAAGAUGCACCCAGCCUGAAAAGAAUGGAAAAACUGAUACUGGUAAAAUGAAGACUGAUGAAGCCCUUGAGUGUGAUCAGGCUGUCUGCUUCUCCCAGGCCUUGGUGGACUUCACUAACAAUGCCACGUUCUUAAACAACCUUUCUGAAAGUAUCGGCAGCUCUGAUUCUGGUUCUUCCUUUACACAGAAUAUGCAGGCCCUUCCAGCAAUGGUGACGUUCGAUGUGGUGGACAUGGAAAAUGAAGGGGAGUGUGAUCGUCAGAUUGAAAUGGAUACAGAUGAAGACAUGUCGUCGCCGUAUGAGGCAUACGAUGAGAGCUACUUGCAAAAAGAUGCUUUUGCUGAAUGCGACGAGAGGAUGUUUGAACUGUACGAUCAGAAUCCUUUUCUCAGCAACAGCUGGGGGGUUGCCAGUCUUCCACGGCAUCUUAAUUUCAGUAAAAUGAGCCCAGUAAUGCCGGCCCCAUUGUCUCUGAACAGGAGGAGCAGAUCACUAGAUACUGACAGCCUGGAAUUCGAACUGGCUGACAUGUAUCUGUCAAAAGUUAUUCCUCAGCUUCCUCAAGUCUCCAGAUCUGAAUGGGACUCCAGGAAGGCUUCCACUCUCCAUUGGCCAUCAGAUUGCGAAAGGAGGGGGCGAUCAGCCAGCUCAGAAUGGAGGGAGGUUGCUGAUGUUCCUAAUUGGCCCUGGCAACAGGAAGCUACGUGCAAUUUCGCCCUUCCUUUGAUGGAUGGAAAAAGAUUAGGACAGGUCCAGAGUUGUAGUUCUCUGGGAAAGGGAAGGGACAUACAGCAUGAAAUCCAGAGGGAUAGAUUGGAUUUGCAGGUUGAGGGUUGUUCUCCUGAUCGGAGGCUUCAGCCUCAGACUUCAGGGGUUACUCGUGACACUGGGGCUGGUAAUCCAAUACAGAGCUCCAGGCAGAUGGCCAGACCAUCCCAUCUCCCCUUACAAUCUGAUGAGUGCCGGCCUCAAACUGGAGCAAACUCACUGGGGAUUUCCAGAGAAGGCUCUGGGAAGAUGCUUGCUCUUGUUUCUCCUUUGGAUGAAAGAAAUGAGGCUUAUUUCUCUAAGAUUUCCUCUGCAAGUCAUUACUCUGAUUCUUUCCACCAACAAAUGAAGUGCAAACCCGUAGGUGUCACCCAAGGAAUGCCUCAUUUUCUCUCUGAUAAUCCAGACACUUUAAAACCAGAACUCUGUUUGGGACAGUGCGAGACUCCCAGCAAAGGGCGAAGCGAACAUGAAAUGACUCGAGCCGUUGGGUGGAAUAAACACACUGCACUGGAUUUGUAGCCUUUAGAAAUGGCAAAAAAAAAAAAAGAGAAAACUUACAGCGUUGUACUGCAUUUUUAUGUUGUCAGUGAUGUCAUCACAUAUGUCACCAAAGACACCAUGCAGCAGGUUUACUUUACAGAUCAAUAACUUUACAUCUGUUGUACAAAACCUUCCUUUGGAGCAUUAUAAUUAGUUUGAUGCUAACUGUUUUUUUAUAUUAAUGAUUGUAUUCAGAAAGAUGGAGUCUUUGUUACUUAAACUACAAAGGGAUUUAGAAAUCUUCUUUUAAAAUGGUCAAGCAGUGCAGAGUUGGUUUGAUGACUGCUGCUUUGCUGCUCAGACCUCAUGGAAGCUGCUUUCAAUAUGCAUGGUUCAUGCCCUCUGUUUUGAAAAAUCGAGAGAAUAUAGAUAUUUUUAGUGUUUUUAAAUAUUUGUCAUUUAGUAUUUAACAGACAAUAGCUCAUUUUAUCUUUGUUAAAUCAGAGAAGUUUUUUUGUAAAUGUAUUUGUUUUUAAUUAGUAAAUUCUUAUAAAACACACAAUUCCUUGGCAAGAGAGUGCAGAUUUAAAAAGCAUUUCAUACCAAGGCAAGAGCGCUGCCUUGUUCUAGAAGGCACUUUGAACCACAGUACAAUGCAUCGUAGAGUCAUUUCUGAAUAUGUUACCUGUAUAAUAUCCACACAUUGGCUUCAGUACAUUCUCCCUUAUGUAGCACUAUGAUGUUUAGCUUUGAAGAUGCAGUAUUUGAGGUCACAACAAUGCUUGUACAUUUACAGGUCUGAUGACCAAACGACACUGUUUUUGCUUACAGGAUUUUAAAAAGGUUGGAUGACAUUGAAAUGUUGUUUUUG